CGACGCGCUGAUACACUGGAUGAUCUGCGCUGUGGGCUUGAGUUUUAGUCUGAAGUGAUUUCAGCCUUCAAAAGGAACAGGACCUCCGUCCCCCGUCCCCCCGACACCCGGACGGUGCUCAAAGAAACACUAGUUUCGACUUGAGAAGAGCCUGAUUUCUGGAAGUAACGAUGUUUCCCAUCAAUACAAAGUAAAUAUAGCAUCAUGCAUGGGGAGGAAGAGGAGGCCCGCAUUCGCCUAUAAAAAGGGACGCAUCAAUUUUGCACAACACUUCUUACAGCUGAGACAUCUGAACCACUCGCCGUUCCUGCCUCUCCAAGAUUGAGCAUCAUUCAAAAAGUCGCGGAGCCCGGAGAUCCGAAGCAAGAUGACAUUCUACAAUGACAUUUACCCGUUUUACCCUCUAAAUAGAACGCCCUUUAUCUUCAACAUCAACGAGCUCAUAGUCAUUUUGGUGUUUUUAGUGUUUGCCUGCAGUUUCCUUAUUAUUCUUCCCGGCAUCCGCGGCAGACCGAGACUGUUCUGGAUGUUCCGAGUUACUUUCAGCCUGUUCAUAGGCGUAGUGAUAGUAGCUGUGAACUUCACCAGCGACUGGGCGGCGGCUAGCAUUCAGACCAACACAACUUACAAAUCCUUCAGCAAUGCCACCGUUGAUGCGGAGGUUGGACUGCACGUCGGACUCGCCGGAAUCAACGUCACCCUUAAAGGCAACCCUGUGAAACAGCUAAAUGAGACGAUCAACUACAACGAAAUGUUCAGCUGGACAGACGACUAUGACCGCGUCUAUCUCGCGGCUCUGGAGAGAGGCCUUCCCAACCCCAUUCUCUACAUCGCAGAGAAGUUUACCCAGGACAGCCCCUGCGGCUUCUUCUUCCAGUACAAGUACUCCGGACGCUACGCCUCAGCGACCAUGUGGACGGCAUUCUGUUGCUGGUUGAUCUCCAACAUCCUGUUUUCCAUCCCUGUCAUAAAGUACGCAGGCUAUAUGAUGAUCACGACAGGAGUUUUCAUCUUUUUUGCCUUGGCAUCGUUCUCCACCAUACACAAAGUUCCUUUUUGCACUAUCACCAUAGGAACAGCAUCCUUGGAGACUGUCUACAGUGGUUCAUUCUGGUUGUCAUUAGCAACAGGUUUGUUGUGCUGUCUCAUUGGCUUCACCGUGAUACUCCUGGAGUACUUGGUUCCAGAGAAGAUAAAGAUCUUCUUCACUUCCAGUGAAGGGGAUGAGGAGGAAGAUGCGUGUCCUGUUGAAGGCUACUUUAACACCAGCUUUCUCGAACAAGAAAUAGGUUUCCCAUUAGGAGACGUACAGUUCAGUCAAAAUCAGGAGAAAAGUGACGGGAUAAUCAAGAAAUACUGGACUUAAAAAUUGCUGCUUGAAAACUUGACUCAAAGAAGGUGUUCACCCCUUGGGCUUGCCUGUUUGUACUUGAAAGAGAAGAGAUGUUCCAUUGCUCCUGUAACACAUGUGCUGCCAAGAGAGGACUGCAGGUGACUCCUCUCUACUUGAGAGGGGUCAGACUCUUCAUAGUCGGCAACCAUGAAGUUCUGGAUGUGGGCACCCAGGUGUGCACAGCCUGGGGAAUACCUAGCAACACCAGCAGUGCUGGGGAAAAAAAGUGACAGAAUUUUACCGUGUAAUAUUCUGAUUAGGACACUGCCUGUGUCCAAGAAAAGAAUUAUGAAGUAUGUUUGUGUGUAUAUGUAUUAGUUUGUCUAGGCAAUGUUAAAUAUAAAAGUAUACAUCUUAAAUGUUUUUAUAACAAUAGAGUGCAAAGGAUAUAAUAAAGAAACUGUUCCUGUUA